AUGCUUCUGCAUCAGUACGUGCUUGACUAUUACAAGACUAAGAAUCAAUACAGAAGAAGAGCCUUACCAGUGUCCCAGCCACGCAGUCAGUCUCAAUUAGUGCUUAGAGCAGAAAAUGAAAGGAUGACAGGAACAGAUGUUUUUGGAAUUACUGUACCUCUUAUUACCAAUACUACUGGAGAUAAAUUGGGAAAGACUGCUGGCAAUGCAGUCUGGCUAAACAGAGAUAAGACUUCUCCAUUUGAGCUGUAUCAGUUUUUUGUCAGACAACAAGAUAACAUAGUUGAAAAAUACCUGAAACUCUUCACCUUCAUUCCUCUUGAGGAGAUUGACCACAUCAUGGAAAUGCAUGCUAAAGAACCUGAAAAAUGGGGCCCUCAGAAACGACUUGCUGCAGAAGUUACCAAGCUGGUUCAUGGUAGAGAGGGGCUAGAAUCUGCUAAGAGGUGCACUAAGGCCCUUUAUCACAGCAGUGUGGAGGCAUUGGAAGCUAUGUCUGACCAAGAGUUACAAGAACUUUUUAAACAAGCUCCUUCAGCUGAAUUGAUGCUUGAACCUGGAAUGAAUGUUCUUGACUUGUGUCGCAAAGCAAAUGCCAUUGCAGAUGGACCUAGUGGGUACCAGAAAAUUACACAUGGUGGAGUUUCAAUAAAUGGGAUUCGUGUAACUGAUCCAGAGACUGUUCUUAUUCUUGGACAGCAUAUUCUCAAGAAUGGAGUAUCAUUACUUAGGAUUGGAAAGAAAAAUUACUACAUUAUAAGAUGGCUGCAGUUGUGACAACAGAAUAUCUCACUAAAAUGACAGAUCAUUUUGACUCUGUUGCUUGAAGAUGUUUCUAGACUGUGCAUUAGUACACAGCUCACAAAUUGCCCAACACCAUAGUUUCAUUUUCAGAAUACACCAACAGAGUUCAAAUAAAGGCAGCUAAAUUAUA